AGCUACAAAGGAGAUGCUGUUCAAGCUGUGAAGUGUGCCAUAGACAUAGGAUAUCGUCAUGUGGACACUGCAUAUUUAUAUGAGAAUGAAAGGGAAGUUGGUGAAGCUGUGCAUGAGAAGAUCAAAGAUGGCACUGUGAAGAGGGAGGAUAUUUUCAUUUUGUGGAAUACCCACCACCCCAAGAACAGUGUGUUGAAAGCACUGAAGAAUCAACUUGCAGCCCUGAAGAUGGAUUAUGUGGACUUGUACCUGAUCCAUUGGCCAAUGCAUGAAGGAGAUGACUUCCCAAAUGACAAAGAUGAGAAACUGAUAUGUACAGAUAACCUAGUUGACACAUGGAAAGGAAUGGAAGAAUGUGUGGCAAAAGGUUUGACCAAGUCCAUUGGCAUAUCCAACUUCAAUAGCCAGCAAGUUGAUCGCAUCCUGUCCCAAGCCAAAAUCCCACCUGUUGUGAACCAGGUGGAGUGCCAUCCAUGGUUGAAUCAAGAGAAGCUUUUAGCUCAUCAUAAGAAGCAUGGAAUAGUGUUGACAGCCUACAGUCCCUUGGGUUCCCCUGGAAGACUUCCUGUAGAUAAAAAUCGUCCAGUACUCAUGAAAGACCCCACUAUCCUUGCCUUAGCUGAAAAAUAUAGUAAGACUCCUGCCCAGUUUCUCAUUCGAUAUCAGCUUCAAAGAGGCAUUGUCUGCAUCCCGAAGUCCCGGACACCAGAGAGGAUUAAAUCGAACUUUGAAGUCUUUGACUUUGACAUUGCAUCAGAGGACAUGGAGACCCUUAAUACCCUUGGAAUUCUACAUAAAUACCGAUACUGCACUUUUGAUUCAAAACAGUCAAGCUGUCAAAUGGACUUCACAUGCCUCUGGUUGGCUUGGGAACUUGGCAGUUCAGAAGGAGAAGCUGCAGAGGCUGUGAAGUAUGCCAUCAAUGUAGGAUAUCGUCAUGUGGAUACAGCAUCUGUGUAUGAGAAUGAAAAGGAAGUUGGAGAAGCUGUGCAUGAGAAGAUCAAAGAUGGCACUGUGAAGAGGGAGGAUAUUUUUAUUUUGUGGAAUACCCACCACCACAGAAACAGUGUAUUGAAAGCACUGAAGAAUCAGCUUGCAGCCCUGAAGAUGGAUUAUGUGGACUUGUACCUGAUCCAUUGGCCAAUGAGCUUCAAGGAAGGAGAUGACUUCUUCCCAAGUGGCAAAAAUGGAAAAAUUAUGUAUACAAAUGAUGACAUAGUUGAUACAUGGAAAGGAAUGGAAGAAUGUGUGGAGAAAGGUUUGGCCAAGUCCAUUGGCAUAUCCAACUUCAAUAGCCAGCAGGUUGAUCGCAUCCUGUCCCAAGCCAAAAUCCCACCUGUUGUGAACCAGGUACAAACUCAAUAUUCUAUGUAUAAAAGACAACAAAAUAAAAACAUUUGGAUCUGGAGGAGCCUUGAACACCAUCCUGUUACAUUUGAACCAAAACAGGUGGAGUGCCAUCCAUGGUUGAAUCAAGAGAAGCUUUUAGCUCAUCAUAAGAAGCAUGGAAUAGUGUUGACAGCCUACAGUCCCUUGGGUUCCCCUGCAAGACCCUGGGUGAAUAAGAAUGAUCCAGUGCUCUUGAAGGACCCCACAAUCCUGGCAUUAGCAGAAAAAUAUAGUAAGACUCCUGCUCAACUUCUCAUCCGAUAUCAGGCGAGCAUUGUCUGCAUCCCAAAAUCCCAGAAACCUGAGAGAAUUGAAGCAAACCUUGAAGUGUUCGACUUUGAAAUUGCAUCAGAGGACAUGAAGACUCUCAAUUCCCUUGAGAGUCAGCAGAAAUUCCGAUAUUGCCCCUUUGAUUCGGCUAAGGAUCAUCCACAGUGGCCAUUCAAGGUUGAAUUCUAGGUGUUGGUGUGGGGUGACCACCUUUCUUUGUUCCAAGAGUAGAAGUUGUAUCCUACAUCCUGGUUUGGACAGAUGUGUCUAGUCUUGCAAAGAAAUAUGUGGUUGAACAAGUUGUAAAGCCACUUGAGAAAUUUUAUGCUCUUUAUUUGGCAGAGUUUUAUUUCAUGAGUUGUUUUGCAUUUGAAUUUUAUUUUGGCUGCACAAGGAUGUGCUACAUAUAUACUAAGCCUAUUUUGCUGAAUUUGCCAGAUUUGUUCAUUCUAAAGUGUGAGUGGCUGAGAUAAGAGAGGACACCAGUAUGGACUGGCU